AUGAUAGAAAGCAUUUUCAAUAUAUUUUAUGAUGUGGUUCAAAAAGAACAGAUUGACGGGUUGGAGUUUCUUCUCACUGCUAUUUUAUCCCAAUUAAUUAAUGAGCUCGAGACACCUCCCAGGCCUAUCACCAAAAUCGUUCUGUCGCAUUUGUUGAGAGGAGAACCACAAACUAAUAAAGACCAAGAAGAAGAAGAUGGUGAGACGAAUUUGCCUUUAGCUAAGAAGAAAAAGAAACCCGUGGCUGGUAGAAAUAAAAAUGAUGACCAAGGAAAUACUGUCAUUUCUUUUGUCUCACGAGGUUAUAAUGUAUCGAAAACCGUGUGUAUGGAUAAUAUCGACAUUAUGACCAGGGUGGUUAAUCAGUAUGUUGCUGAUAUCCUGAACCCCAUUUUACUACAUACCUCGAACAACAGCAGUAGCACUGGUAGCGAGGAUCUUACUGAGGAUAUAGAAAAGCUUGGAAAUCUGGUGAUUGCUGUUUGGAAAGCAGUUCCUGAGUUGCUUGUCAACGUCUUGGGUCAACUGGAACAAAACAUGUCGAUAGAAAACACUGCACUUCGAUACAUGUCCACCCGUGUUAUCGGCGAGAUUAUCUGUUUCGAAGCAAGUAGAAUCAACUUUAUUACCGAGUACAAUGCUAUUUUCAAGACCUGGAUUGGUCGGUAUAGAGAUGUGAGCCCCAAAAUCCGGAUUAACUGGGCUAAUACUGUGCCGAACUUUGUCAAGAAUCAAACAAACCACACAAUAGUACUCGAGUCUGUCAUCCCAUUUUUGGGAUUGUUAGAAGAUCCCGAUGAAAAGGUUCGAAUUGCCGUCUGCAAAGCACUGGCAAAUGUGGAUAUCGACACUAUUGCGACAACAUAUGCCACUGUUGUAGAGCAGCCACUAGCAGCAUUGGCAGAUAGAUUGCGAGAUAAGAAAAGUUUGGUGCGACUGGCUGCUUUCCAAGCUGUAGGUAAAAUAUAUGACGAGGCAUACGAGCAGAUUGCUGCAGGAAACCUACAAAUCUCCGACGUAUCGUCAUGGAUCCCAUCCCAUAUUCUAGGUUUGUUAUAUGUCAAUGACUUGGAAAUUAAUGAACAUCUUGAUUGGGUCUUGUUUGAUUAUAUAUAUCCAUUCGAACAGCUUAGUGGUUCUGACUCAGAAGAAGCCGCUUUGGCUCGAGCCAGACGGUUGUUGACGAUAGUUAAGGCUCUCAAUGAAGAAUCUUUCAAAGCGUUUACUGCAAUUAGCUCUCGUCAGGUAGCCGUUGCUCGGUAUUUGAAUGCAUAUCUUGAGUUUUGCAAGCAAUAUCACGAUGCAGCUGGAAUUACUCGGUCAGGAUUAAAGAAAAGCAGACAGUCUAAUGGUGGAAAUGAAAAUAGCAAUGAAAACCCAAGUUCUCCCGCCAACCGCGAUGAGCUCUCAAACAAGAUUAAUUCAUUGAUCAAGUGGGUGGCUAGUGUGUAUCCAGAUUCUGAAAAAGUCCACGAUCAUCUGACUGCUUUCUUCAAGAGUAACGAUAGACAGGCAUUCAAGCUGUUUGGAAUUUGCAUUAAUCCUGAUAGUGACUACAAAUCCGUUUACGAUUCUUACCACAGCUUGAUGGACCGACUCUCCAAGUCAUCCUCACUUAAUUCAAUAGAACCAACAAUCAAGUCAAUCCUUUAUCGAUCUGCUUUCAUAUUGUUCAACAAGACUAAUGUUUCGGCUAUAAUCAAUAUUUCACGGUCUGCCACAGCCCAAGACUCUGUCAAUUUGAAAGACGUCUCAUAUAUAAUUCUCAAGGAAAUAGCAGCUAUCCAGCCGGGACUUAUCAAGUCACAAUCCCAGGAUAUCUCAUUGAUCAUUGAAAAUGCCUCCCCCGGAGACAAAGGUUUAGUUGACACUUUGAAGACCGCUAGACUACUGUUUGGAAAGUUCCCUGAUCUGGUUCCUUCUGCUCCAGCAGUUUGGCGGUCUCUUUUGAACAUAGCAAAAACCGGAAGUAUUAAGGAGGCGAAGCAUGCUACAAAUGUGUUGGAUUUUGCACCCAAAAAGAACACCUUGCUGACCAAACUAGUCGAAGGACUCGAUGUUAUUCUAUCUGGUCCUUAUGAGGAUGUACCGGAAAACUUUUCCACUGUACUUUCAUGCAUUGCUCAACUGUAUUAUCACAACCCACAAGUCAUUGAACCUUAUUCGGGUCUUGUUAUUAGCUUUCUGCUUCGUCAUGUACUUCUUUCUAACAAAGCUAGACCUGCUAAGGACGAUGAUCCGGACUGGGUUGACGAUUCUGAAGUCAACCGAGGUUCCUUAAUUGAAAGAAUCGAGGGCCCAACUUCACUAGAAGCUACUGGUAAAUUGGACGAACAUUUGCAAAGAAAGCUUUUGGCUUUACGAAUCAUGGUGAAUAGAGCCCGUUCUCCUUAUUUGGAUGAAGACUCAGCAGAUGAAGUUGCAAAACCCAUUUUGAAUUUGCUUAUGACUUUAUUAGUCCAUAAUGGUGAACUUAAUACAAAGGAUGAAGACACACCUCCACACUACAAGUCCCGUCUGCGACUCGAGGCUUGUGUGAAAAUUCUCAAGUUAUCUCAGACAGGUCAUUGUUUAAAGCGUAUAGGACCUGCCGAACUCAAUGUUCUAGGAGUGCUGAUUAGAGACAGUCAGUUGCAGGUGCGCGAUAGGUUUAUACUGAAACUAACUACUCUACUGUCAGAUGGAUCAAUUCCAGAACGAUUUUUGUGUCUUGUAUUUUUUGUUGCAGGAGAGUCCAACAAAAUGCUUUCCAACUACUGUAUUAGGUGGAUUAAAGCAAGGGCAGCUCGUCAAGUAAAGAGUAAUAGCAGCAGUACUGCCCUUGAAAACUCGUUUGUACGGUUUCUACAUGUCCUAGCUCAUUCAGGAACUGGUGAAGAGUAUGAAGAAGGCGAGGAUGACAAUGAGCAACUGCUAACAAGUCUCUCUCGAGCUGCAAAAUAUAUCAUUUUCUUUUUGAAGUUGAUAGCCACCGAGUCAAACAUAUCCUUGUUGCUUUAUCUUUCACAACGGAUAAAAGAGUACAAAGAUGUUGUUUCGCAGGAUAGUGACAGUGAAUCAUCUUCAUCUGGACUCUACACAGUAGCAGAUCUGGCACAAAUAUGUGUGCUUGAAAUGAAAAAGACGAGGGGCUGGGUUCCAGAUCCCUGGCCUGGAAAGAUUUCCUUGCCAGCUGAUUCUUUUGAACCUAUAGAGUCUACAGAAGAGGCUCAAAGAGUAUUCAGGGCUGUUUAUAUUCCAGAUAAUAUCGAUGCGCAGCUGAGGGAGAGCAUAAGUAAAGAGUUUCACCAUCACGCUAAAGUCAAGCCUGAACCUACUGAAGCCUCCAAUGGAAGAGGAACUUCUGCACCAAAGAAAAGAACUAGCCAAGGUUCCUCAUCGUCAUCUGUAAAAACAAAGAAACCAAAGGCAAAGGCGGCAACCAAAUUCAAAUCUUUGACAAGAGCCUCUGAAGAGUCGGUUGCGCCCCGACGAAGUAGUCGAGUAGCGACUAAGAAGGUUAAUUAUAUGGUUGAAAACAGUGACAAUGAGGACGAAGAAAACGAAGAGGAAGAGGAAGAGAGCAAUAGCGAAGAAGACGAAGAGGAAGAAGGUAGUGAUGACGGUAACGAUACUGACCAAGAUUAA